UGAACUUUAUUAUGGACACGCAUUCCUGGAGGUUUUACUUACCCGAAAUAACAACCCGUGGUAGGAUAGGGGGAACUGAACACGCGCAGAACCGGCAGGUAUUUAUUGAACCCGCCGUAGCCUUUCCCCGCAUGGAAUGGAACAGCCAAAUAUCCGCCCAGUGUUAGGCCGUCACCAUAGCAACGCGUCCUGCCACCGUAAAGGAAGAAAGAGACUGCUGGUGGCGCACGUCUUCCCACUUCUCAUACCUUGGCACACUGAUACCCUGUUACCCUGGAACUUUCAACUGGGACACUGGCACCGUCACUCUGGGUUUGGGACACGAAUAUUGGCACCGUUACCCUGGCACACUGAUACUGGCAAAGGGGUUCUGAUAUUGACGCUUGGAUAUACACUGGUGUAGUGCAUGACACAGUGGGGUACACUGGCACUUCAGGGCACUCACUGAGAGACGGCGUGGGAGAGAUGUAGCCUAGGAAUGCCUCCAGCUGACAGUGGGAGAGACAUUCCUACCUACUCAGAGACAGUCUGGUGGAGUACCACCUAUUGAGAGACAGACUGGUAUAGUGCCACCUAUUGAGAGACAGCCUGGCAGUGCCUCUAGCUGACAGUGUGGGAGACAUUCCUACACCCUGAAAGAAGUGGUGAGAGAACGCCACACAUUUACAAGAUUUCUGAGAGAGUCACACCUACUGGCACAGAGAGGUGAGGGGUCAAAUGAGAGCCAUUGGGUGACCAGAAAAGGAGCAGCCCUGAGAGUUACCUGGCGGGCCUCACAUGGUAACAUCUGGAUUCUACUGUACCCAUAUCUAAACUCUGUUGCACAAUGGAGGUGGUCCAGGCAUCCAUGUUGGAUUUUCCCACAGAGGAUAAAAGAUUUAAGAGGGUUUCACCAAUACUUCUGGAGAGUCUGGUUGAAAAGCCUGUAAGAAGAAAUGUUCCAAACCAUCUGCUUGAGUCAAAGAUUUACUCAAAACUCCACAAAAACACUGCUGUUGAGGCCAAGCCAGGAAUCUUACACUUUGGAGGCUAUAAAAUAGGAAAUUUCCACCUGGAAAGUUUGAAGCUGAUAAAUAUCUCUUCAGAUAUAAUGAAUAUCCAUAUUAUACCACCGCAGACAAAACAUUUCACCAUUAGCUACAACAAAGCACAUCGGCUGGUUCCUGGUUUGGCCAUCACAGUAACCAUCCAGUUUUCCCCUGAUGAGUGGAGAUAUUACUAUGACUGUAUUCGUGUCCACUGCAAGGAAGGAGAGAUGCUGCUUGUACCUUUGCAUGCCUACCCAGUCAUGAACCAAUUAGAUUUUCCAUCACAUAUCAACUUAUCUGAUGUUGCCCUGGGACAGUGCAAACAAUAUGUCGUCCCCUUGCGCUGCAGCUGCCCAAUUGAUUUUGAGUUCUGCGUUGAGAUCAUUCAGGUUCACAAAGCUUUCACUGUCUCACCAACCUCAGGAGUAAUUCCAGGUAACGGGCAGGUCAAUGUGGUUGUGACCUAUACCCCGUCUGCAUAUGGCACCGCUCACAUGAAGAUGCAGCUGCUGGUUUCAGAAUUCAACUCAAAACCCUAUUCUUGUGCGUUCACUGGAACCUGCUCUCCAGGAGCACCGGGAAGUGAAGAAAUCACCCAGAAAUUGUUUGUUUCUAUGGGAGACGCACAGAAACCAAUGGCGAUAAUAUCACGCAAGAAAAAGCGCUUAAAGGCACUCCAGCAAAACGCAUCCAAAAUCAUUGAGUAUCAGAACCUGAGGUUUCCAGUUAAUCUGUCCAACCCGCAUGCUGUAGCUUCAGUGCUAAACCAGCAGCCUGGCAAGUUGAGAGCCAAGGACCUGCGAGAAGGGCCUUCUGACCCCAACAUGAGAGCUAUAACAAGGCAAGCGAAGGAAGCCAUGUUUGAACACAAGGUCCAACAGAAUGUAAUGGAGGAAGAGGCCAAUAAACUCCGCUGGCAAUGUCAUCUCGGCAGUGACCCAGUUUCUCCAAAAAGACGUCAGAAUAUCCUCCAUGACAGAAUAUUGGCAGAGAAAGAAUACCAGUUUAAAAAGGGGACACCAGUCUCUGAAGAAGAGUACAGAAGAGCUACUAUGAGGGUGGUAUCCCAUAGAGUGUUACGAGCAAAACAUCAGGUUCCAACUUUCCAGCCACAGUUUGACCUUUACCAGAAUAACUUGUGGGCCAUAAGGCAAAGGGCACUGAUCAGCUUCCAGCAAGCGGCCCGUAAGGUUCUUAUUCGCUGUCGGGUAAAUCACAGAUUAGUUUUGCUGAGGACACUGGUUCAGUGUUUGAAAGCAGGAGAAGGAAACCAAUCUGCACCAGAAUGUAGGGAGGAUGGUGCCACAGCUUUCCCUCUGCCCGCUGAACUGGUGCUGCCAUUCCAAUUUCCAUCCUACCCAGAGGAGCAGGACUGGGAGACUGCAGGAGGCCUCACUUCAGCGCCUCCCAAACCUACAGAUGUUCAACUGAGGCACAUACUUCCAUUGUACGACCUUAAGGUGCCCCAGUAUUACAGAAUGAUGGGGUAUGAGCCAGUCCGAGUACUUGAAGCAUCUUCCAGCCAUAAACCAAGACAUUUUGCAAGACCCCUGAAACGAGGGGCAGAGGAUGAGCUGGCGCCAACUAUUGGGGCCCCUAAAGUGCCUUUCAAGCUGGAUUUAUCAGAGCACCAAGUGAAGAGUGCUCGUCUGGAAGAGAAAUCACAGAUGGUCUCAUUCAUUCCCCCAGAGCUACUCCUGAACCCCCCGGACUAUCACCCCAUGCACGUGUUUAAUCCAGCUCCAGGAUUGGUCGCUUUUAAGCUGCCUCUUUCUUACUCAGAAAUAGACAUGGAGUUUCACCUCUGUCCUGUGCCAAAGUACCCCAACACAAGGCCAAAUGCCCCGUGCGCACAGAAGAGGUUCCUUGACCGAGAGGAAGUGAUCCGGGGUGUGAUGGACUGGAGGAAGUUCCCCACUGUCUCUCUGGCUGCUGCUACUGCUGGGGCCACAUUGAUUACCCACAAGCCUCGCUGGUGCAACCCAUUCAGUGAGGACUUGCUGCCAGUUCUGGUGCCCCCCACACUCAGUGACCUGCAGGAGAAGGACAAGGAGAAUAUUAUAGCCAAGGACGGGGAAGAGGAAGAGAACAAAGUGCUCACGCCAGACAUGAUAAAGGCUGAAUUUCACCUAAUACAGACUGAAAUCCCCAUUGCGGAUGCAUUGGCUCAGCAGGAGGAGUUACAGAAUGACAGCGUCAAACUGACUGAUAAAAUCAGUAAGCGUCUGGGACAAAUGAAGCACCUAUCACACAAUCAGCGGCUGGUACUGGACUAACAGAAUGUGUUUCUAUUGUGACCCCCCCAUCUGCCACUUUAUUCACAAAUAUCACAAGUUGCUCACCGGCCGCGCAUCUGAUCCUGAAACCAACUCCUCUACUCAGUCUGAAUAACCCCACAAUAUAGUGUGACUGCAGCAAGUAGCCAGUGCAGGGCAGUGGGCAGAUGAUUUAUAUGUGCAAAGUGACUAGAUCAUAUGGCACUCUGUAUAUCAUCCUCACAAUUUAUUUCCAGUUACUCAACCAAAUGUUAUCAAUGGAAAUCUCAUUACAAUCUGCGACUCCCAAGUCUCUUGUUUUGCUGCAUUAAAGGCCACAGUAAUCUUCUA